GGCGGGGUCCGGCCGCCAUGGCGCCCGCGGGCAGGGGCCGCCCGCCGCGGGGGGACGGCGGCGACGGCGACGGCAGCGGCAGCGCGGGGGGGGCCCGGCCCGACAGGAGGACGAGGAAGCCGCUGGUGGAGAAGAAGCGCCGGGCGCGGAUCAACGAGAGCCUGCGGGAGCUGCGGCUGCUGCUGGCCGACGCCGAGUUGCAGGCGAAGCUGGAGAACGCGGAGGUGCUGGAGCUGACGGUGCGGCGGGUGCAGGCCGUGCUGGAGCGCCGCUCCCUCGAGGGCGGGCGGCUGCACCGCGAGGCCAGCGAGCGCUUCGCCGCCGGCUACAUCCAGUGCAUGCACGAGGUGCACACCUUCGUCUCCAGCUGCCCCGGCAUCGACGCCACCACGGCGGCCGAGCUGCUCAACCACCUGCUGGAGUCCAUGCCCCUCAACGAGGGCGGCUUCCAGGACUUGAUCGCGGACGUUUUGGCCGAGCCCUCUCUCUGCCCCUGGCCCGGCGGCGAGGCAAGGGGUCCGGCGGCCGAGGGCUCCCCGGGCCUGGUGCUCCCCGCCUCGGCGCCCUCGCCGUCCCCCAGCGAAGAGACCUGCUCCGACUCAGACGAGGCAGAGGCCGAGCUGGGCCAGACCUCCACCGAUGGACUGGAUGCCUCCCGGACGCACAGCGCGCCAUCGCCCAGCUUACCCAAAUCCAUGUGGAGACCCUGGUAAUGGAGCGGCGUGCCCAGAAGUUGACGCGGACCUACCUAGCGAGGAGAGUGGCUGGGCGCUGCAUGCCCCCGUGGCUGUUGGACCUGCGUGUCUGGCACUGCUGCGUCCUGGGACUGCAUAAAUGGCACUCUGACGCUGUCACCCCCCUGACAGGCUAAUAGCAAAACACAUUAACAUUUCAUCUGUGUGUAUGUUGCGUGUGUGUGUGGUGUUUUGUAACUCGGGGGUUGUUUUUUAUGAGAGUUUGGGGAUGGGCUAGGGGAGGAGGGGGCUGUUUUUCAGUAGCAAAGCUCUUUGGAUGCACACCAGUUAUCUGAUAACCCUGUCUCAUGCUUUUGGCCCUUAUAAGUGGCCCAAAUCUCACUGCCUUUUUCUCUUAAGAAAAAGCCCUUUUGCAUUUUAAAUCUUGAUGGGUAAAUCCACGAGAAGUUCAGUCUGCAUGCACAGUUUUAAGUGUUCUAGUGAUAGCAAAGAUCCCUGAAAGGGGUUGGCGUGGUUAGCAUCUACAUGUGGUAGCGGUCGGGAGUCUCACCUUCAGUGAAGGAAGAGAGAACUAGAUACCUGUUGGAGUUAGGUGAACAUCUAAAAUAUCGGUGGCAGGGUGCCUUUUAGAAAUGAGUGUCUUUAUGCACAUUUUGCUUUUAGCACAUCUGAGUUUAUUGUGACUUUGUAUAUUAGGGUGUCAAAUAAAUGUUUAUUUUAAUCUUUAAUAAAAAGCUAAAUUCACAACUGA